UGUAGCAAUUAUUAUGUUGUUCAGUUAGAAACUCACCUGUUCUCAGUUUACGUCAUCUUACAACAUGUACAUGUUUUCAUUGAGGUUUGUUUAGUCUGUGUCCCCUUAUUCAAAAUAGUUGUCUCGAUCUAGGUAAGCACAGAUUGAUGUUUUGGAAAUGUUACUCCAGUUAUCCAAGACCGUAUCCCAAAAUGUUCCGGCUGUGUUUAUUACUGUUACUACGGCUAGUUGGGAGCGCCACUGACGCUGGAGGGAGUGACGGAGCCGACAGACAAUGAACAGGCAGAGGGCAUCUGACACAAUGCUGCCUGGUAUGAGCUAGCUGUAGACAGUUGCGGAUUUUUGUUGAGCAUUGUUAAAAGAGUUUGACAUGUGACAGAUAUUAGACUGUUGCAAAUAGUGUGGUGCGUUUUAUAGAAUCUCAGAUGUAACAACACGCAUCUUGUUCUAGCAGCCUGAAAAUACCCUACUGGAUUCUUCAGGUUAAGCUUGACUGCAGAGUGUUGGGACUGCACGGAUUCUUGUUAUCAUGGAAUUUCCUUUCGAUAUAAAUGCUCUUUUCCCGGAGCAGAUUUCAGUGUUGGAUCAGCAUUUGGCAGCGGGUCGAAAAUCAUCUGGAAGAGGAGAUCCUCAAGCACUCAUUGCCAGAGUCAUUGAUGAGCUGGGGAAAGCCUCGGCCAAGGCCCAGCAGCUCCCUGCACCCAUCACUAGUGCAGCCAAACUCCAGACUAACACACAUCAACUGUACCUACUCAAGGAUGGAGAAUUGAAUGGAGGACGAGGUGUGGCUGUUGGGUUCCUGAAGGUUGGAUACAAGAAACUCUUUCUCCUGGACCAGCGGGGGGCGCACGUAGAGACGGAGCCGUUGUGUGUUUUGGAUUUUUACAUCACAGAGAACCUGCAGAGACACGGCUAUGGGCAGGAGCUCUUCAACUUCAUGCUGCAGCAUAAGAAGGUGGAGCCAGAGCUGUUGGCCUAUGAUAGACCUUCCCCUAAGUUCCUGGCAUUUCUCAAAAAACACUAUGAUUUGAAGGAGGGUGUUCCUCAGGUGAAUAAUUUUGUAGUCUUCAAUGGUUUCUUCAGGAACACCGCAGCGGUCCCAUUGAGAAAAGUUCCCUCAAGAAAGCCAGAGGGAGAGAUCAAACCGUACUCGCUUGUGGAGAGGGAUGUGGUCCGGGAGGAGCGGCGAGUCCUUCCCUGGCCGUUUGUUCGCCCCGGGGGUCCCCUCCCCUCGCCACCCGUGUCGCGCUCCCUCAGUGUGGGAUCCUCCCCCAGCAGGACUCCCCCCGCCGCGCUGCACGCACACACCCGACUCAGCGACAACUGCAGGGCAAAGCGCACCAGCCACUGGGGCCUGGUUGCCAGGGGCAACAUGUACAGUCGCCAUAUCAACAGCCGAGGCAUGGGGCUUCUGUUGGAGGACCAGCAAGCCACCUUCAAACUCCCAGGUUUGCAGCCAGUGACAGACAGACAGGGUCAAACAGGGCGACAGGCAUAUAUUGGAUGUAUACAUUCACUCAGGCAAGAGCCUCCCCUUCCUCCACUCGUCUCACAGAAGGACUCAUCGCUCACUCCGACCCCCAUAGAGGCUCGGGCAGGUACAGGAGAGAAACUACAGCCUGAGGCCGCGGUGACCGGCGGUCUGCAAAGCGGCUGGGGAGAGACGCACCUCCACUCAGGAGUGAUAGAGGGAGGUGGAGAGGGAGGGAGAAACGGAGGAGUGGAGAUGAGGAAGAGGAGAGACCUGCCCGAGCUGGUGCAGGAGCGUCCGGCGCAGGGCAGCUGGUCGUGGGUGGUGGGUGAGGGCCGCUGCACGGCCCAGUGGGUGCGGCAGAAGCAGGAGCAGCGGAGCACGCGACCCUGGUGACCCAGGAAGCGCCCGCAGAGAGAGGGGCUCACAUGGGGCAUGAGGUGAAGGUGGCCUCAGGAGAUGCAGCCGUGCCAACCUCACCGGUCAGUCCCACUGCCCUCAGCCCUAGCCUGCUCCCACUGCAGAUAGGUGAAGGACGGACAGAAGACUAGACACAGGAGGAGUUGACCCUCUGCAGCUCCCACAAACACAAACACGCUAUGCACAAGCUCAUGCUAUGCACGGACUAACAUAGCAAUAGUGUCAACUAGAUUAUUUUUAAUACCAGUUUAUAUUUACUGUAACUUAUGCAAUGAAAUGACUGAAGUGACGGGUUCAAACUAACAUGCUCAGGUGUUUUGUAACAUAAUUUUGUUCAUAAAAGCGGACAU